AUGUUUGGGUUUCUCGCCGGUAAAACCGAUCUCAACACCCUAGAUGACAAGACGCCCCUCGAAACUAGUGAGGAGACUAUGACCGAGGAAAAGAAACUUGAAACCAAGAUAUUCGCCCUAUACCGCUUAGCCUUCUUGGGCAUCUAUCGAGUCAAUGACAACGCCGGCCCAAGUCAUCUGAAUCGCCUGAGCGAGCUUUUUAUCGGCGCAGGAAUGUCUACAUUCAUUCAUAAACUUACUGAGAACUCUCAACUCCAUGAGAACCACCACAGAACCAAACUGGGCAUGGUUCGCGUGCUCUUGCCCCUGGAGAUAGCGUUGAAUGAUUUUGGACUAGGGAAGUUGAAGCUGUUUGACGGAAUCUCAGUUGCUUCGUUGGAAGCUGUGAUUGAGAUCCUCGAGGCCUAUGUGAAAGAGAUUGCUAGUGUGGAUGCUCUCUACCAGAUACUCCGUGGGCUCCAGGUGGGAUUGAGGAUGCCAACAGAGGAUGACGAAAGGGCUGUCAUGGACCAAUUUGUCCCUGCGGCGGAUCAAUUUGCGAGACGCAUCUUACAUCUGGAUGCAAGAUUAGAUGUCCUUGUCUCCCUAUUGGAGGACGAGUUUUGGAAUCAGUAUGGUGCAGUUGAUGGGCGGCAAGGAUGGCCUGUGCAGGACCUACUUUAUCCACCGGGUCGGGGUCGGUCCCGUAAGGGAUUUAGCAGUUUCUCAUAG